AUAAAUCGAAAAUGUCAUAUAAAAAUGCAUUUGCAAGCAAGAUAUAUAACGAAUUGUUGUAUCACAUGAUAUAAUCGAGGUUAAUAAUUUUAGAAUUAUUUCGACAAAUUACGUUUUUUUAGGAAAAACAACAAAACGUUCGCAUUGUUAGGUUGGCAGGUGCCAUGAUCGAAGUAAAGCAACUGCCAAUGUAACGUGAUAAAGUGGUAAGGAGACACUGAAUCGUUGCGUAUCAAAAUUUAGGUAUUCUGCACGGUCGGUGGGUGUAGCAUCGCUGAUAAAACUUCAUUUGGAGCAGUUACGAUAAAGUCGUUGCCUGCUACUAUCUGUGGUAAUCAUAAAUUCGUCUACUCUUAUGGCAGCUCAUGAUAUCGUACACGAUACAAGAAAGGAACUAUGACUGAUCUAAUUGUCUGUGUUUGUUAAUUAUACAACGUUGCAGUGGUAUCCGGAACACACGUUUUAGAACCAAGAAAAAUGGACGUGCUGACGAAAUUGCGCAAUACUGUCAGCAACACAAUCUCCAAUACUGUGCAAAACACGGCGUACGGUUUGUCUCAACUGUCGAGCGUCCUGCCAGGAAACCCAGUUACUAGAGAGUUUGAGAUCACCGCACAAAUUGGCAGUGCUGGUCCAGCUUUAUUGUGGAAGGUGUACAAUGGUUACAAAAAGUCCACAAAGCAGGAAGCAGCUAUUUUCGUGUUCGAGAAGCGAAUCCUCGAGAGGUUUUCGAAGAACGACAAAGAAGCUAUUUUGGAGACUCUCAAGAGAGGCAUUACACAGUUGACUAAACUGCGCCAUCCGCAGAUAUUGAUAGUACAGCACCCUCUGGAAGAGUCUAGGGACAGUCUGGCAUUCGCUACUGAACCGGUAUUAGCCAGUUUGGCCAAUGUCUUGGGGAACCAUUACAAUUUGCCGCAGCCAUUGCCAGCAGCCCUCAAAGACUUUAAACUUCACGAUAUCGAAAUAAAAUAUGGGCUUUUGCAACUAGGGGAGGGUCUAGCUUUCCUACACGGAGAUGUAAAGCUAUUGCAUAGAAACUUGUGUCCAGAGUCCAUCGUUAUUAACAGCCAUGGGGCCUGGAAGAUUUUCGGUUUUGAUUUCUGUGCCUUGAACCAGAGCUUAGAGGGGAAAGACCCUCUUUGGUCGUACGUGGAAUACGACAUGUCCUUUUCAGCGAUAGCACAGCCGAAUUUAAACUAUCAAGCUCCAGAAUGCAUUCUCGCGAGCAGCAUCAGCUCUGCCAGCGACAUUUUCUCCUUGGGGAUGUUGGUGUAUGUUCUACAUUCUCCGACGAGCAUGCCUCUCCACGAUUGCAACAACGAUCUAAUGAAAUGCAAGAAGUUCUUGAGCAACUUCACCGGUUCAAUCGUGACCUCUAAACUCUUGCCGAUUCCGGAAGCUAUCCGGGACACAGUGAAACUGAUGCUGAAUCAUAAUCCCGAGCUGAGACCGGAUGCUCAUCAGUUCGUCAAAAUUGAAUACUUCACGGACAUAGAAGUGAAGACACUGAAUUAUUUGGACAAGAUAUUCCAGUGGGACAAUCUACAGAAAUCGCAAUUCUACAAGGGACUGCCACAACUUCUGAAGCAGCUGCCGCAUAGAGUUAUACUGCACAGAGUGUUGCCAGCGUUGUACAAAGAGUUGAUUAAUCCCCCGAUGAUCCCGUUUAUUCUACCGAGCAUACUGUACGCGAUGGAGACCAGUUCUGUAGAAGAGUUUCGUGAAUACAUUCUACCGAACAUGAAGCCGGUAUUGACUUUGGACGAUCCGCCGCAGAUUAGCUUGGUGUUGAUGCAACACGUUGACUUGCUGUUGAAACUAUGCACCACCGAGGUGAUCAAAACUGAUAUAGUUCCUAUGUUGCUGCGUGCUCUCGAAUCCGAAUGGGAACAGCUGCAAGAACUCUGCUUGUCGGCUCUGCCUAACAUUGUAACUAUGAUCGAAGGCCCUGUGAUUAAGAAUGCAAUUCUGCCUCGUAUGAAGAAGAUCUGCUUGCACAGCAAGGGCAGCAACAGCAAGAGUCUCGGCGUCAAGGUCAACUGUUUGCUGUGUCUCGCAAGAAUGUUGCCUAACUUUGAUCGAUGGCUGGUCCUCGAUCAAGUGUUGCCCUUCCUGCAGGAGAUUCCACACCGCGGUGAACCAGCUAUCCUCAUGGCCAUCAUAGGGAUUUACAGAAUACUGUUGAACCACAGUAAACUGGGCGCAAGCAAGGAGAUACUAGCAACAAAGAUUCUGCCAUUUUUGUUGCCACUGUGCAUCGAGCAGAACUUCAGUUCUUCGCAGUACGAGAUCCUCUCGAAUCUUGUGGUGGAGAUGAUAAAUCGUGUGACAACGGAGCACAAAGAGGCAUUGAACAAGUUGGAUGCAAUGCGUCGCGAGACCCAGAAGCUGGACCAGGAGCUCUCGCAGACUUCCAACAUGUACAAAAGUAUCAACACCAGCAGCGACACCGUCAACGCGACUUCUCCAGUUCGCCCUUCGAACUCCAAUGCGAAUUUGCAGUCGUUGCAAAUGGAGAACGGAUUGACACUGGAAGACAAAUACCGGUUGAUUCAGCAGCAGGAAGUGCAUCAGAGGCUACAAUCUCAGCCUCUCUUGACUCCAAAGGCUAUUCAACCACCGCCGAAGAAACCGCAGGUCAAGGACCUAACGGCCACCUUACUACAGUCUAAUCUGGAUCAAUUGAAUCGCUCAAUAUCAAGUCCAAAGCCUGAUUAUACCAGCAUGUCCUCGAACAUGAAUUCGCAUCAGCCGUUCAGUUCGCCCGGAAUGAAUGCGAAUAUGAAUAUGAACACAACUACUUGGGUCUCGAAUCAAAUGGCGUGGAACUCGACUGUUCCCCAGAACACUAUUAAUUACUCCAUCAAUCGAGGGAGCUUAGGAACCAAUCAAUUGGAGUUCAAUUCCAAUUUCAAUUCUGAUUCGAACCAGAAGAUUGAGAACUUGCCAACGCAGGAUAUCAUGGAUUUACUUAGCUAAUGGUUUCGAUGAUGAAGGACGUUUUAUUAUUUAUUAAUAAUACUGUGCAAUUACAAUUUUGCGUUCCGACAAGCACAACGCAAGAUUGCCGUUGGAUGGUGCAAAUGAUUAUUAUUAGAAGAAGAAUUUGCAUUUUUACUCCUUCCUACUUAGUACGCAUCCUUUGUACAGUUCAUGGAAUACGAGUCACUGUAGGAAAUCAUAAAUCUCGGUAACUGUAAAUGAAUCUACAUUGCUUUUAUACUUGACUUGUUAUACAUUACUUCGUUCAAAGUUAGAGCACGAUUCUGUAUUACUCGGUACGUGUUAUAAUUAGAACGCUGCUCUGUUUUAGGUAUUUCAAGAGACGUACUUAACGUACCUAUAAAUGAUUAAUUUACGGUAAUAUUUUGUUUUCAUUCGUUUUAAAUUAUCUAAUAAAAUACUAAGAACAUUCGACUAAUUGAAUGAAAUUUAAUUUAAAUAUUCGUGGAUUAAAAAUGUUAUAUAAUGUCGAGCAAAUGUAAGGUGUUAUUUGACAUGUACGUAUGUUCGAAUCAAGUUAAUAUUUAAACUAUGCUGUUUUGUUGUUGAUUGUACACUGUAUUAAAUGUUUAAGGCGAGAAAUGUUAUUGUAAUGUAAUAUACAAUAUUGCAAUUAUGACAAAUGCUAAAUAAAUACAGACCAUGAUACGUAA